CCAUUAUCAGGUGCAACACGACAAAUGGACCCUGCCUACUCUUCCUAUAAAUAAUUGGAACAACAUUUGCAUGCCCAGUCAGACCAUCAACCACCAUGAUAUUACUCAUUUUGACCAGCUUGGUGGGAACAGUCCUGUGCGCGAGGCUGGACUACCUCCCUCCAAGAGUGGGAGGUGGUUUUGGUGGAGGAACUGGUGGAGCAUUUGGAGGUAGCGCCUUUGGAGGACGAGGAGCAUUUGGAGGAGGCGGUGGUGCAUUCGGCGGGGGCAGUGGUGCAUUCGGUGGAGCAGGUGGUGGUGCAUUUGGAACUGGAGGUGGAGCUGGAGGUUUUGGAGGGGGAGCUGGAGGGUUUGGAGGAGGCGCUGGAGGAAGAUUUGGAGGUGGUCCACAGAUUCCAAUCACUAGGUAUGAAAACAAUCCCAAUGCAGGAGACGGCUCUUACAGCUACGCAUACGAAACAGGCAACGGGAUCCAAGCUCAAGAGCAGGGAAGAGCUGGUCCAGGGCCUGAUGGUGGGGAACUUGCCCAAGGAUCUUUCUCGUACACAGCUCCAGACGGACAAAGGAUAUCUUUGACCUAUACAGCCGACGAGAAUGGUUUUAGACCGCAAGGUGCUCAUCUACCUACACCGCCACCUAUUCCAGAAGCUAUACUUAGGGUCCUUAGAACAAAAUAGACUAAGCGGAGGAGGAUACGACGGAGGUGAUGACGAAGGCCAGUACAGACCAGGAGGUUACUCUGCUGGAGGUGGUGGUGGUGGUGGUUAUAGAUACUAGGUAAAAACAACAAAUUACUGUGGCUCGAAUUCCAGUGAUGGGAGACUAAAACGCUAAGUAAAUGGCAUUUACGCCGCUUCACGACAAACACGGGUUCUCGAUUGAUAAUUCAUGCUAUACCAUUAGCCAGUACGCUGGAUAUAAGUUUGUAUGUGCAAAAAUAAAGCUGCCCUCUCACAUUCAGAAAUCGAAGGGAUUCCGAGUUUUCUCGUUUAAGUUCGAAUGAUUAUGAUAACUGCGGAUCGAAUCGAAUGGGAAAGCUGCGUGUGGGUGGUGAUUUUGACGGAAUGACUCGUCAGUCCAUGAGCCCUGCUCAUCUAAUGGUAUGAAUAUACCAUGACCAGCGAUGCGAUGUACCUGAUUUGAUCUUGCACUGAUCUGGUGCGUAAAUUAUGGUAGCACUGUUAGGCUUCAAAUAAGUGAGCAGCUAAUCCGUUCGAAUGUCGGAUGGAAUUCGGCAAAACAAUCUUUGUUGUGCUUACUCCCAAGUCCCACAUCGCAAAUCGAACGUUUCCAUAAGGUGCACUACACCUGCUCUUCCCACAAACGAUUUUAUUGGCUAUAAUUUCAUGACGAGUAUGCCGCAAAGGGAUAAGUCAACACAACGGCGAAAAACGUGAUAUCGACCAGUUGUGUUUGUUUUGAUGCAAGAUUGGACAAUAACGAAAGGGGAGGCUGGUUACGUGCGGUGGAGAUCUAGACUGAUGAAACACCAACCUCCCUCCCUAGUUGUCCACAACUGGAAUUCGAACCUCUGAGGUCUUUUACAAUGCUGCCAGUACAAUGUGCAAUCUCUACGGAAUAGAUCUAAGGUUAUAAUUUCUGCUAUGGAUGUUAUUUAUUUUUAUGCAUAUACGACUUAUGUUUUUCUAUUUAUUGUCUUUCUCUUAACUCUAUACGUCUGCUGUGAAACACGUUUUUAAUAAAGA